CACCCCUCGUCCAUUUUGACGAGUAAUCACUGUUGGCUACUUGAUGGACAAUGUCGAUAGUGGAUGAUGUAGAAAGUGCGAACUCGACUUUGGCUGUAGGCCCUGAUGAGGGUCUACCAGCAGAACAGCAUGAAAUAAUACCACAAGACCCUACAGUGCAGAGAGAGAGACUGGAAGAAGAGACGGAAAGGCUUGUUUACUUGGCGGAUGAAUGGGAAGCAGUGAGAGAUGAGGAAGACAUUCCUGAUGAUAUUUUGGAAGAGAUCAAUUCCGUGAUUGAAGACACAAACCAGUUACUCGACACAAAGUUUGAGUCAUUCGAAGAAUCCAUCGAAGCUUGUGAGAAUGGGGAUCUAUCUCCAGAGGAGCUUGAAGAAAACUGGAUUGAUAUUAAGCAAGAGGUAGCAGUUUUAAACACCAGAUAUGAUCGACUGAAAAAAUUGUUAGACAACAAUUGGGAAGAAUUGGAAGAUAAUUUUGAAGAUAUUUCAAGUGAAUCAGAAGAGUUUGAAAGUGAUGACGAAUUCAUAGAAGCUACAGAAGACGGACCAGAGGAAGAACCAAAACUAGAAGAAGAAAAAGAGCCAACUGAAGAAGAAUCAGAAGAGGAGAAUGAAGCACUACCUGAAAGUGAUGAUGGAGAGGGUGAGGAAGAAGAAGCCGAAGAACACGAUAAAGAAGUAGAGGAAGGAGAAGAACCGGAAGAAGAAGAGGGGGAAGAUCCCGAGGGAGAAGAAGAACCUGAGGAGGAGGAAGAAGAACCCGAAGGAGAAGAUGAAGAGGAACCCGAGGCGGAGGAAGAAGUACCUGAAGGAGAAGGUGAAGAAGAACCUGAGGAAGAAGAAGUACCCGAGGAAGAAGUAGAACCCGAGGAAGAAGCAGCACCUGAGGAGGAGGAAGAGGAACCUGAGGAGGAAGUAGAAGAACCCGAAGGAGAAGAUGAAGAGGAACCCGAGGAAGAAGAAGAACCUGAGGAAGAGGAGGAUGAAGAACCCGAGGAGGAAGAAGAACCCGGGGAAGAAGCAGCACCUGAGGAGGAGGUGGAAGAAGAACCCGAAGGAGUAGAUGAAGAAGAUCCUGAGGUAGAAGAAGCACCCGAAGGAGAAGAUGAAGAAGAACCUGAGGAAGAAGAAGAACUCGAGGAAGAAGAAGCACCUGUGGAGGAGGAGGAAGAAGAACCCGAAGGAGAAGAUGAAGAGGAACCGGAGGCGGAGGAAGAAGUACCUGAAGGAGAAGGUGAAGAAGAACCUGAGGAAGAAGAAGUACCCGAGGAAGAAGUAGAACCCGAGGAAGAAGCAGCACCUGAGGAGGAGGAAGAAGAACCUGAGGAAGAAGAAGAACCUGAGGAGGAGGAACAAGAACCCGAGGGAGAAGUUGAAGAGGAACCUGAGGAGGAGGAACAAGAACCCGACGGAGAAGAUGAAGAAGAACCUGCGGAGGAGGAAGUAGAGCUUGAUGAAGAAAUAGAGGAGGAUGAAGAAGAACCCGAGGAAGAAGCAGCACCAGAGGAGGAGGAAGAAGAACUUGAAGAAGAUGGUGAUGGAGAACCCGAAGAAGAAGAAAAACCUGAGGACGAAGAAAAGACCGAUGAUGAACCUGAGGUAAUAGAAGAGGAAGAUGAACCGGAGGAAGAAACUGAAGAUGUUGAAGAGGAGGAAGAACCCGAGGUAGAAGAACUUGAGGAGGAACCAGAAGAGGAGGUCGAGGAACUGGAAAAUAAAGAAGAAACAGAGGAAGACGAUAAACCUGAAAAGGAGGAGGAGGAAGAAUCUAAGGAAUCAGAAGCUGUAGAAAUAGAUGAAACAGAAGUGGCAGAACAACUGGCUGAUGAACCCAAUGAAUCUCCGGAAAUAGAAGAGAAGCUACCACAUGAUGAAGGAAAUAUUGAGUCCUUAAUAGCACCAGCAGCCAUAGCAGCAGCAGGGUUAGCAGCCACAGCUGGGAUUGGUGCAGCAUCACUCAUUGAUAAAAAUGGUAUUUCAGAAGACCAUGACAAAGAAGCACAAGAUACGAAACCACCUCUGACGAGGCUAGAUACAAAAGAGGAACUCGAACCGCUCAAAGAGAUCGCCAAAACCCUUGAAGAUAAACUUGAAAAACUGGAAAAUUCAUUCAAGGAAAUGUCAGAAAGUUUCAGGGAUAAAAACAAAUUUUCAAGGCCAAGCAGAUCGAGAACCAGAGAAUCGAAGGAGGAGAGAGAAGCGAAAUUGGCAAAGUGGAGGGAGAUCAAACAUAAAGUGUUAGAGAAAGAGAGAAGAAACAAGAGACCGCCAUUUAUCAGAUUCGUCAGGUCCAGACACACAGGGACGUCUCCGUUCCGUGACAAUUUUGGGAUGGAAUUUAUCGGAAACAUCCAUAUGAGGAGCUGCUGUGGCUCAAGCAGGUCGAGCACCAUGGCAAGGAGAAGUUGAUUGUAAACUUUUUCACAUUAACAAUCCUACACAAACAAAGACUGAUCACUUUGGCAUUCGGCAUUUUGACAUCCUUAUAAAAAAAACUAAAAUCAAAUUUUGUCCAUUCAAAAUUUGUUUAGUAUAAAAUUUAGUUUUUGAUAUAAGAAAUUCGUAGAAAUAUUUUAUUGUAGCUUAUUUCUCAAAUACCACACUCGUCAUUUUUCAGUUCUAACAAUUUGUUUGGAGUAGAACAUAAGAGUAUUGUUUUAUGUGCUAUACCUGCUUCACAUUUAUUGAGAAGCAAGGGCUGUAUAGUACUACAAAAUACAUUUAUUAAUUUUAAUUUUAAUGAUCUCAUAGAAUUUUUAAAAGAUGUUGAAUAACCGAUAGCCAACAGUGAACUAAAAAUCAAGGAUGUGAUAAUUUCAUUGUGAUCAGACAAAUGUAUUAUUUUUUCAAAUGAAGUAUUCAUUGAAUUGCUCCAAAAUAUGAGAGACAAAGAAAGGGUAACUUAGGUAGAAUAACAUGCUGUUUAUUUAUUGAUUAAACUAAAUAUUGCAAAUU